AUGGAUGAGUCGAUAGCAGGUGAGGGACGUGCUUCAUCCCACCCACCCUGCCGACACCAUCACCAGCCAACACACCUGCUUUCGAUUUCAAGGAACCCAAUGGCUAGCUAUCAAUCGGAUUCGGCGAAAUCGUCGCCGCACGUCACCAUCGGCGUAAACCACCUCCAACCGCUGGCCGAUUCGCUCAUUCCUCCGCCAUCCACCAUUCUCGUCCAGCGAGCUGACCUCUGCAGAGUUAGGGAUUGCAAGGCGUGA